AUGGCAUCAGCUGUCCAGAAAGCGAACCAUCUCUCUCCAUUCAAACAACUUUCCUCCUGUAUUUAUGUCCAAGAGCCAGAUGCAUCCGUCGAGAACACGGGGAACUACUCAAACACAAUUGUUCUCGCCUUCUGGAUGAAUGCCUUCUCUCGAUCACUGGUCAAAUACGUCGCCGAAUACCGGCGCUUAGCCCCCCAUGCCCAGAUAAUAUUUAUUCGAACCUCUUCGUCUGAAUUCAUGCUCCGUCCUACGAAGCGAGCCCAGUACGACCGACUUGCACCAGCUGUCGAAGUAUUGCGGACCCUCCACUCCGACAGCCCUGUCUUCAUUCAUAUGUUCUCUAACGGUGGGGUAUUCGCCGUCACCCAUCUCCUUGAAGGCUACCAGAAGGCAACCGGUCACCCGCUUCGCGUCUCUUCAACCGUCAUUGACAGUGCACCCGGCACAGCUACCCUCUCUGCCACAAUCAAGGCCUUUUCUUACGUCCUUCCCAAGCGCUGGAUCCUGCGCCUUCUGAGCAAGGUCCUGCUGUACGCCUAUCUAACCUCUAUGUUUGUCCUCGGCAAGGCUGUUGGAAAGGUGCUGGGGGUUAGAGAUGCAGUUAGCGUUGCCCGGCAGGCCAUCAACGAUGGUCGGCUCAUGCGUGGACUUGAUAAAGUUCGCCCUCCGCCGAGGUGCUAUAUCUACUCCGAUGCCGAUGAGCUGGUCGACUGGAAGGACGUGGAGAGGCAUGCAGCUGAUGCGGAGUCGAAGGGCUUUGAGGUCCGGCGGGAGAAGUUUCUAGGUUCAGAGCAUGUGGCGCAUAUGAAGGCUGAUCCGGAGAGAUACUGGAGCACGGUGAAGCUCUACCUGGAGGCUGUCGAGUCAGAGCAGGCCGCUUCCUCGACUCGAGUUGUUGACGGCUAG